AUGCAACUGAAACAGUUCACCACGCUCGGGCUAGCCGGCAUCGUCGCCAGCCAGUCUCUGACUGACGUUAUCGGCCAGAAUCAAGAUCUAUCCCAGCUCGGAACACUGCUUGGCCAGUAUCCUGAUGUUGCCCAAACACUGGCUGGUCUGUCCAACAUCACCGUUCUGGCCCCGAACAAUGCCGCACUCUCCGCCCUCCUGAAUGACUCUGCGGUGACGGCGAUGGUUGCCGCUGACCCAGGCCUUGUUCCUGCCAUCCUGACUUACCACGUCCUCAACGGCACAAUCCGGUCCACGGAUAUCACUGAUACACCAGCAUUCCCAAAGACGCUGCUGACCAACUCCACCUACACCAACGUCACCGGCGGACAGGUCGUCAAGGCUGAGACUGAGGACGGCGGUGUCGUGAUCACCAGUGGCCUAUUGAAGCAGAGCCGCGUCACCACCGCGGACGUGACCUUCUCCGGAGGCGUUGUGCACAUCAUCGACACGGUGCUCACCAUCCCCGCAAAUGACAGCGCCACCGCCCUCGCCGCCAACCUCACUGCCCUUGCCGGCGCGCUGACCACAGCUAACCUCGUCUCAACCGUGGACUCAGCCUCUGAUGUGACCAUCUUCGCGCCCUCUAACGAGGCCUUCGCGGCCAUCCAGAACCUGGCCGCCAACCUGUCCACCGAGCAGCUGUCCAGCAUCCUGACCUACCACGUCGUGCAGGGCACCGUCGGCUACAGCUCCUCGCUCACCAGCGGCGCCCAGCUCACCACCCUCCAGAACGGCCAGGUUACAAUCACUAUCAACGACGGUGACAUCUUCGUCAACUCCGCCGAGGUCGAGGUUGCUGACGUGCUUGUCUCCAACGGUGUCGUCCACGUCAUUGACAACGUCCUGAACCCUGACAACUCUACCGCCCGCCCCGAUACCACUGCUUCCACCCAGGUGCCCGCCUUCAGCGGUGCCAGCAGCGCGUCCGGCGUUCCUUUCACCUCAGGUAUCACUGCCACUGGCCCCGCUGCUACAGGUGGCGCUGGUGCGACUGCCACUUCGAGCGGACCCGCUCAGGCUGGUGUCCCCAUGCAGACCGCUGCUGUCGGUGCCGCUGCUCUGUUCGGUGGUGCUGCCGUGCUCGCCAACUGGUAA